CCUUGAGCCACUGAGCAGGAGCUGAAACACAGACGCCAAGGUGCACACGGGUACCCAGGAUGAUAUCCUAUGGAGAGCAGCUGAGCAGCCCGGCUGUGUCCCCACCCCUAGUCCGCGCAGGACUCAGGGGCCCCAUGAUGCAUGGGGCCACCUUUGCAUAUGUGCCCAGCCCCCAGGCUCUGCACAGGAUCCCAGGGACCUCUGCCUAUGCCUUCCCCAGCUUGAGUCCUGUGGCCCUCACGGAGCAUGGCUGCCCCUAUGGGGAGGCCCGGGAGCGACACGAGCCACUGCCUGCCAAGCUGGCCCUGGAGGAGGAGCAGAAGCCAGAGUCCGGCUGGGCCCAGGAGCUGCGGCGGACGGCCAUGACACUUCUCAAGUUGCCACUCAUGGUCACCUUCCUCUACCUCUUUGUCUGCUCCCUUGACGUGCUUAGCUCUGCCUUCCAGCUGGCGGGAGGGAAGGUGGCUGGUGACAUCUUCAAGGACAACGCCAUCCUGGCCAACCCUGUGGCAGGGCUGGUGGUGGGGAUCCUGGUCACCGUGCUGGUGCAGAGUUCCAGCACCGCCACCUCCAUCAUCGUCAGCAUGGUCUCCUCAGGCUUGCUGGAGGUGAGCUCUGCCAUCCCCAUCAUCAUGGGCUCCAACAUUGGCACCUCCGUCACCAACACCAUCGUGGCCCUGAUGCAGGCAGGGGACAGGACUGACUUCCGGCGGGCCUUCGCAGGGGCCACAGUGCAUGACUGUUUUAACUGGCUGUCCGUUCUGGUCCUGCUGCCCCUGGAGGCUGCCACCGGCUACCUGCACCACGUCACUGGGCUCGUGGUCGCCUCCUUCAACAUCCGUGGUGGCCGCGAUGCUCCUGACCUGCUCAAGACCAUCACGGAGCCCUUCACAAAGCUCAUCAUCCAGCUGGACAGGUCCGUGAUCACCAGCAUUGCCACAGGUGACGAAUCCCUAAGGAACCACAGUCUCAUCCGGAUCUGGUGCCACCGAGACCCCGUGGAGGCUUCCACCUCCAUGGCCAGGGCAGAGACCAACAUCAGCCGGACCCAUGGAAAUGCCACCAUGGAGAAAUGCAAUCACAUCUUCGUGGACACGCAGCUGCCCGACCUGGCCGUGGGGCUCAUCCUGCUGGCCGGCUCCUUGGUGCUCCUGUGCACCUGUCUCAUUCUCCUUGUCAAGAUGCUCAACUCCCUGCUCAAGGGCCAAGUGGCCAAGGUCAUCCAGAAAGUGAUCAACACCGACCUGCCUGCCCCCUUCACCUGGGUCACGGGCUACUUCGCCAUGGUGGUGGGAGCGGCUAUGACCUUCAUUGUCCAAAGUAGCUCCGUGUUCACCUCGGCCAUCACUCCACUCGUCGGCUUGGGAGUGAUCAGCAUCGAGCGAGCCUACCCUCUCACACUGGGCUCCAACAUCGGCACCACCACCACCGCUAUCCUGGCUGCCCUGGCCAGCCCCCGGGAGAAGCUGUCCAGCUCCUUCCAGAUCGCCCUGUGCCACUUCUUCUUCAACAUCUCGGGCAUCCUGCUCUGGUACCCGCUGCCCUGCACACGCCUGCCCAUCCGCAUGGCCAAGGCGCUGGGCAAACGCACCGCCAAGUACCGUUGGUUCGCUGUCCUCUACCUCCUCGUAUGCUUCCUGCUGCUGCCCUCGCUGGUGUUUGGCAUCUCCAUGGCAGGCUGGCGGGCCAUGGUAGGGGUGGGUGCACCCUUUGGGGCCCUGCUGGCCUUCGUGGUGCUCAUCAACGUCCUGCAAAGUCGAAGUCCCGGGCGCUUGCCCAAGUGGCUGCAGACGUGGGACUUCCUGCCACACUGGAUGCACUCCCUGCAACCCCUGGACCACCUCAUCACCCACGCCACCUUGUGCUGUUCCAGGUCCGAGCCCCGCUCACCCCAGCUGCCUGCCAGGGUCUUCCUGGAGGAACUGCCCCCCGCCACGCCCUCCCCCCGCCUCGCACUGCCUGCUCACCACAAUGCUACCCGCCUCUAGACCAUGGGCCCAGACUGCUGCCUGGUGCAGGUGAUGGCCCAUGCACGGAGCCCAAGGUGGCAGGGCGGAGGGCUGCGUGUGCACCUGAAUGUGCAUGCACGCCACCCUGGGCGCCUGUCCUUAAGCAUGUGACACUUGGGGGUGACUGUGUGUGCACUUGAACCUGUGUAGAAGCUGGCACGUUUGAGUACAUGUGUGUGCAGAUGCACCUGCGGGGGCACUGAGUGCAGGCUGCCGGGUAUCUGGGUACGAUUCUGGGUCCUCUGCACCUGUGGGGAGGCCUGUGAUGGGCAGGAAUAAGAGUGGGACUGAGUACAUGACUACAGCCAUUUGCUGAUGCACAGAUGUGGGUGACUGAGUCACUGACUGAAUUUCCACCCCCUCCCUGCCACCUUCCUUUGCUAUCCCACUCUCAUCGUCACCCAGGUCCUCCGCACCUCUCCAACCCCCUUUGCCAGCACUACCUGAUAAGAAACGAGAAAGGAAUUAAACUCUCAGUGUGCAUUUGGA